AUGCUUCGCAACUUUUUCCGAGAUCUUCUCUACUUGAGGGAUAUUGCGACUGUUGUUAUGACGCCAAUUAUUUUGCUGCCGUUUCUGUUGGUAGAAGGUGUAGGGGAGGUAGGAAAAUGUGCGUACUGCGUUUGUAUGAUGGCGAUCUUCUGGAUCACAGAGGCGCUUCCUAUUGCUGUGACGUCACUGAUUCCUGUGUUCCUCUUUCCAAUUGUUGGCAUCCUGUCCAUCAAAGACACGUCACAUGAAUAUAUUAAUGAGACAAACAUGUUGUUUGUGGGCGGGGUGAUCGUUGCGGCCGCCAUUGAACACUGGAACAUCCAUACACGUCUCGCCCUAAAAAUCCUUCUCAAGGUUGGCCCAGAUACAAAAUGGUUGAUGUUAGGUCUGAUGGUCCCUACUUGGUUUAUGUCUAUGUGGAUCAGUAACACCGCUACAGCUGCCAUGAUGGUGCCAAUAGCGAACGCCAUCCUUAUGCAAUUGAAGGACACAGAGGAUGAAUAUAAAAACACGUUCAACAACUCUGCCAUGGAACUUGAUGACAUCGCAGUGAAAGUGCAGCCUGAGGAUGACAUAGCCAAUGGUGAAUCAAAAACAUUGAGCGGAGAAAUACAGAAAACCGAUAACAAUUUACUAGACGGUCUUCCAGAAAAUGUUUUGGAAGACAACACAAAUGAGUCGUUUACUCGUCUAUGCAAGUGUCUAUCGUUGAGCAUCGCGUACUCGGCCAACUGCGGGGGCAUCGGCAGUCUCACAGGAACUGUACCAAACCUUGUCAUGAAGGGACAGCUCGACAUGAAGUUGGAGGAGUAUGGCAUUACGCAAUCUCCAAUCACAUUCGCCACGUGGAUGGCGUUUGGAAUACCUCUGUCCUUUACAUUAGUCAUCAUUGUCUGGAUCUGGCUGCAGGUCAUGUUUCUCAGAUGCAAAAAUUGUUGCGGAUCCAAAAACCCGGAACGUGUAGCUAGGGUGAAGGCUGCAGUUCAAAGGGAAUACCAAAAAUUGGGACAAGUCACAUUUGGCCAGGGUGCAGUGCUGGUCCAUUUGAUAGUUUUGGUGAUCCUAUGGGUUACGCGCGAUAUGGGCGGAGAAUACGGCUGGGGAAAACUCUUCAAAGAGGGGUUCGUGAAAGACGGUGUACCAGCGGUGUUUAUAGCCACUCUUCUAUUUAUAUUCCCUUCGAAAGUUCCUGAGGCAUUUUGGACCCGCGAGCCGUUGAAGCCCAUAUUAUCGUGGCGUGCGGCGGUGGAUAAGGUACCAUGGGGUGUGGUCUUCCUGCUCGGCGGAGGCUUCGCUAUGGCCAAGGCAUCAAAGGAGUCCGGCCUGUCCGCCUGGGUUGGGGAGAAGCUGUCUGUUCUCGAUUUCUUGGAUCCCUGGGUGCUUAACCUUGUGCUCUGUUACAUCAUCGCCGCCAUGACGGAAGUAACGUCCAACACUGCCACGUGUACGCUCAUGAUGCCUAUCCUGGCUAACCUGGCAGUGCAUCUGAAACAAAGUCCCAUUUAUCUGAUGUAUCCAACCGCCAUAGCUACCUCAUUCGCCUUCAUGCUGCCUGUGGCCACGCCUCCUAACGCCGUCAUCUUCUCAUAUGGCUAUGUCAAGGUCACGGACAUGGUUAAGGCAGGAUUCGUCUUGAACAUAAUCUGCGUUUUGGUGCUCAUCGGAUUCACAGAAACGCUUGGAAACAGGCUGUUUGAUUUUCACACGUUUCCACCGGAAAUAGCUCUACAUUACAAUAUCACGGCAUAACAUUGGACUUCGUAUUGUAACUGAUUGAAUAU